GUCAUUUAUGCAAUCAUAAUCGUAUCUGAUUACCACACUGUGACAUCACAAUGAAGCUGAGAAUUAUACUCUUAUCUCUUGUUAUCUUCGUCUGCAAUGCUGAGGAGGAGAAAUACCCUGGUGUUUUUUGGCCAUCUUACCAAAGUCAUUUGCUGCAGUCUACGAAAGCUCAGAUCUCAAAACCUGCUCCAGACUGGGAGGGAACAGCGAUAGUUGACGGGGAAAUCAAAAAAAUAAAAUCAAGCGACUAUCUGGGAAAGUACCUGGUGUUUUUCUUCUACCCCCUGGAUUUUACCUUCGUAUGUCCGACUGAAAUCAUCGCGUUCUCCGACCGAGCGGAAGAAUUCAAGAAAAUCAAUACUGAAGUCGUUGGCUGCUCAGUGGAUUCACAUUUCACUCAUCUUGCAUGGAUAAACACAGCACGUAGGGAGGGAGGUCUCGGCAAGAUCAAUUUUCCUCUUCUCUCUGACCUGACUCACAAGAUAUCGAGGGAUUACGGCGUUCUGCUGGAGGAUCUCGGUCACACAUUGAGAGGUCUUUUCAUCAUUGACACACAAGGAACCUUGAGACAGAUCACAAUGAAUGACCUUCCUGUCGGUCGCUCAGUCGAUGAAACUCUUCGUCUUGUGCAAGCGUUCCAGUACACGGACCAACAUGGAGAGGAAUGCCCUGCCGGAUGGAAGCCUGGUGCUGAUACUAUAAUACCUGACCCAAAAGAAAAGAUGAAAUAUUUUGAAAAGAAAGAGCUGUAAAGAAAUGAAUGGACUGAUCAAUCUUACGCUUUUGUUCGCUAAAUAGUUUUGGGUGUUUUUGUUUUGCUGUGUUUUGAAAACACUGGGUCACUGAGGUAGUGGGUGUGGGAGUCUAAUGAGUUCCGCACCACCCCCACCCAAAGAAUAUUCCCAGACUAUCUAAUUUUAAAUAUUUGCUUUGCAAGAAAUUAAACACAGAAUUACCUGGAAAUUCACAUAUGCAUAGUUUUGGUUAUCAGUUUAGGUAACGCUAGAUUUUAGACUUUUUUUUCACUUGAUCAAAUUUUUCGUUUAUAGUGAUUUGAAACUCUUGCUACAGACUAACAUAGUUCAGUUAGUUACAUUAGACAAAUCUCAUGUAAAGUUCAUACAAAUCUCUAUAAAAAAACCUCAACGGAGAUGGUAAUUUCGUUUUAUACCAAGCCCAACCUUUCCUCACAUUGUGAGAGACCAAAUUAUUUUACUGACUACAUAUUCUGACCCACUGUCCCAUUUUAUCCAAGUUUUCAUGAAGGUUGAGAUCGUCACACUCUUGGAAAUUAAAUUCCAUAACGCUUACAUUUGAUUCACAUUGUUGAUAGAUAAAAAUAAGCUACAUAUCUAAAUUUGUGAAAGCAUUCCAUUUUAAACCAACCAUUCCUAGACAGUAUAUAUAAGACCAGGGCCUUCCAACUAAGUCUGGGAAUAAAUUACCAAAUUAAAGCAAUAUAAUUUUAAAUUUGGUUUGAAGACUGGGCGUUUAUUUUAUACUCGCAAGGUUCGUUAAUUGAAGUUACUUUAUUUGUGAUUUUAGUUAAAAGGUAAAGACAAUUUCUAUCACAGAAUCCUACUUUUCAGCCUUUACCCUUAUCCCUACUCAGACUUUCAAUUCGUUUCACACAAAGGCCCCAAUUGCUAAGGUCGGCCCUGUAUCAGCCCAACAUAUCAUUCAUCCUGCAUUCCGCGGCCCACUGUUCCAUUUAAUUGAAUAUUUUUUUCUGAAUGUGUGAACUUAUUUCUUGUUAGAUAGUUUUUUAAUCAGCUCGUUUUCAAAUUUAUUGGACUUAGUUACUAUGUGUUACUAGAUUGGUGAAUUAGUGUCGCCGCCUGUUUCUGAAUAGUAGAAUAGAGUUCGUAGAAUUCUCAAAUCUUUCCGCUUCCUAUUCCUGAGAAAGGCUCUGAACAAGAAGUCACUGAUUGCUAGAUAGAAUGUUGGUUUUGAGCUCAUAUUGCUCGUGAAAUAUAUAAGUCGAGUCUAUCCAAAGGUUUCCCGAACUGGGGUCUGCUUUCCUCCUGGAGGUCUGUGAUGACUGCACAGAGGUUCGCAACAACUCCGCUGAAACAUAUACAGAGAGAUCAUGAUCUUAUCUAAUUGCCUUUGGCAAGUAUUUACUGUUAUAGUAUGUAUUGAUUCAGACUUUCAUGAGUUUUAUGUCACUGAAGGAAACAUGAUCCUCGUUAGUUAGUUCCAGAAAUUGAUACGACAUAGGAUGGGGGCCCGUCAAGAAUAAGGUUAAUUAACAGGGGUUCGUGUCCAAAAAGUUUGGGAAACUCUGGUAUAUCCUAUCGUGUUCAACAUUGCAACCACUUGCCAUAAUUCUUUGUUAUAUUGCAAGUUUUGCUCUGAGCCUGUGAUGCCAAUACACCAACAACGGCUCGGAUGGGGCUUGCAAAAUUUUAUUUCUGCCCAAGACGAAGUUUCUGAAUGAUGCUCCCCAUACCAAUUAUUCUCAUUUUCACAUCAUUUUUUCUAGUUAUCCAUUUCAAAUGAAGUCUUGAUAUGAGGAAACUUGCUAAAAUAAUUGUGUGCGAGUACUAUCCAAUGGUUUGCAGCUUUUCCAUUUGUUUAUUGGUAUUUAGAUCUAGCGUUCAGGACUUUGAAGUGAAAACUUCAAAGAUUUUUUUCGUUUUCCUAGAUCUGUAUAUAUGUAAGUUUUGGUUUUCUGUAAAGGGACUGUAAAGUUGAGUUUUACAUCCUUGGAUCAAAAAGUUGUACUCUAGAUUUUAUAGAAUGGAAUUAAUAGAAAGAAUAAUAAAAUCUUCAUAUUACGACAGAUAUCAAAGACUUGCCUAACCCUGGUUUGUUUGUUCAGACUACUACAGGGUAACCCGUCCUCCCCCCAAAAAAAAAUUUUUUUUUUAAAAUGACUUCAUGAUUUCAUACUGAAACUUUUGGGUGCCAUCAUACAUAAUCAGAAGUUCAAAUGUUGCAUAAACUAAUCAAUAAAUUUAUGGAUUCUGCUUUGUCUCCCGAGUUAAUUAUGGCCAAUCGUUUAAUAUUUGCUUUCAUUGUGAAGAUGUGUUUUCAAUAUUAUUCCAGAAAAUUCAAAGAAAAAGUUUUUGUUGCUUUA